UCCGUGACUAUGAGUGUGCCGCUUUCCUGAUACAGCACUGCACUGACUCCCAUACCCAUAAACAGCAUUGCAAGUGUACAUGCCAGUAAAUACUAUGGCGUAUCAAGAAGUGAGCAACAGCAUGCCCGUAAAUAACAUGGUCGAGAAGCCACGUGAUUGGCUACUCUGAUGAAUUCCCUGGUCUGAUAGAACACCCGUUCCGUCACGUUGGUUAGGGUGCUGCUUGAUGAUGUCAGAAGCUGACAGUGGAACACCGGAAGUGGGUUUCACUUACUUUUAAGGGAAUAUUUAAUCCAUGCUACUCAUAUGUGACACUAAAAUAACAGAACUAAUUCUGAGAAUAUAUGACCAGUCCAGUAUUGAUUUAACAACACAAUGUCUGAGGAGAACGAGAAAUCAGAACGUCAUGAUGAAUCUGAAGGGACUGAGCAAGAAGAGGACUCCUAUGUGAGUGAAGAAUGGAAGACUGAAGAGGAGGAAAUUGCUAUCGUUUACAGUAAAGAUAGAGUUAAUGCUGACAUAAAAGUUGAAAUAACGGACGAGUUGUGCUCGAGUAGUGAGCUAGGGGGUCCAGAAAACGACAUGUUUGAUCACAUCAGUACAGAUGGAUCCAUACACAAAUGUAAGAUCAAGGAAUCCCAAUGCUCAAUUUGUUCAUCAGGUGCAACAGUGGGAGUUAAAGAAGAGGCCUCUUGUAAGAGAGAAAAUGUCCCACUUGUUUUAAUGGCUCAGAAUGGACAAAAUGUGUGUGUUUUAAAGGAGAAACGUGUUAACGAUUGUAGUGAUGCAACAUGCAAUGACCAGGGAAGCCAAAAUAUUUUGAUCGCAGACUUUGGAAAAGAGGUCCAAGGAAUGGUACAUCCAGAAGUUAUCCACAGUCCACAGACAAGUGAGAUACUUGAUAAAAAUAGUGAAAAAUCUACUGUUAAUCCAGAGUUCCUUGAUGAACAAUAUUUAACAUCCAAGGAAAAAAAGUCAUACCCUUGCCCUUCUUGUGACAAGGUUUGCAGUGGAAAGUCGCAACUAAUUAGACACCAGAGAACUCACACCGAGCAAAAGCAACAUGUUUGCUCUGAAUGUGGGAAAUGUUUCUCUUAUAGGUCUGGUCUGAUCUACCACCUUAGAACACACACUGGCAAUAAGCCAUAUGUUUGCCAUAUAUGCGGGAAAGGCUUUAAUGAAAGUUCUACUCUAGUUUCACACCACAGGACGCAUACAGGAGAAAAGCCGUAUGUUUGUCCAGAAUGUGGGAAAGGCUUCACACAAAGAUCCAGUCUGAUUACCCACCAUAGAAUCCAUACAGGGGAGAAACCAUAUGUUUGCCAGCAAUGCGGUAAAGGAUUCUGUGAAAGAUCAGCCCUGGCUGUACAUCUUAGAACACACACUGGAGAGAAGCCAUAUGCCUGUACAGAAUGUGGAAAAAGCUUCUCUCAGAUGUCAAGUUUACGGCAUCAUCAGCGAACUCAUACAGGGGACAAACCGUAUGUUUGCCCUGACUGUGGCAAAGGCUUCUCUCAGAAAUCACAUCUAGUUAUUCACCACCGAUUACAUACAGGGGAGAGGCCGUAUGUCUGCUUUAAAUGUGGAAAAGAUUUUUAUGACCGGUCCCAUCUGGUUAAACACCAAAAGAGCCAUUCAGGAGAUCUGCUUUCCUCUUACUGGAUCCACAGGAUAGCAAGCAAGGAUAACGUUACUGAGACCGUACAGAGACUCAUUCUUUUAGUGAGCAAGGAUAACGUUACUGAGACCGUACAGAGACUCAUUCUGUUAGCAAGGAUAGCAAGCAAGGAUAACGUUACUGAGACCGUACAGAGACUCAUUCUUUUAGUGAGCAAGGAUAACGUUACUGAGACCGUACAGAGACUCAUUCUGUUAGCAAGGAUAGCAAGCAAGGAUAACGUUACUGAGACCGUACAGAGACUCAUUCUUUUAGUGAGCAAGGAUAACGUUACUGAGACCGUACAGAGACUCAUUCUGUUAGCAAGGAUAGCAAGCAAGGAUAACGUUACUGAGACCGUACAGAGACUCAUUCUGUUAGCAAGGAUAGCAAGCAAGGAUAACGUUACUGAGACCGUACAGAGACUCAUUCUUGGAAAUAUGGAAACAUCUAAUGUGUCUCAGAGUGAGAACACUGAGGAGAGACAUGAAGAUAUCUUCACUUUUACAGAUGAAGAUGCAGAAGCUAUCAGAUUUGGCUCCAUUGAAGAACAACAAACAGAGGAGUCGUGCCAGUCUCUAUAUAACACCCUGGCGAAAUUGAAGCAACGAGAAAUAGAUCUAAACCUCCAUGGAAUAUAUUUAUCAGAUUAUCAUAAAAAAAGACUAUUACCAAGGGGCUUUAGGGUAAAGAACAUCCCCACGAUUGGGAGAUCUAAUGCUGAAUUUUGUAAUAAUUGGUGCAAAAUUCUCAACAAAUGUUCUUUCGACCUUAUGCUCCUUGUGAUUAGAGAAGCUGGACGUUUACUCCAAGAAGUGAGAAUUGAAAUUCAAAAUUUUGAAGCUGAACAACUCAAUACACUCAGAGCAGAUAAAUCUGUGGAUUGGAUUGAUAAAUUGACACUACAAAUCAAGUUAUACAAACAAGAACUCAUUGCCUUUAAAAACCGGAAGCUUCAAACAGUAACUCAAGACUACACAUAUAAGAGUGUAUACCGCUGGAUGUUAUCUCCCGAUGAAAGACUGAACUUCAGAUCCAGACGGGACAGAAGGUUCACAAAAAGAAACAUAAAUACGGUGGACACCAGCUCUGGCGACAGUUCAGAUCCUGAGAUGGCAACAACAAGUGGAGAGUCUAUAUACAGAGGCAUCACCACAAGAUCCAGAGGGGCGAAUAGAGGUCAACAGUGGGACAACAUGAGGGGAGCAAGUAAUACUAGUACCCCAUAUAGUUCAUCACAUACUCCCUCGGUCCAUUUUUUAGGACGAGGCACAGGCCACAUACGAGGAAGGGGGGGGCAUGUCACGCCGCCCUCCGAGACAGAGGAGAUGAACAAUGUAUUUAAUAUCAGCUCUAGACCACUGUCACAAUCGGAAACCUCCCUAUUGAACAAAGGUUUAUCUUUUGUUCCUACAACGAAGUUUAAUUCAUUUGACACAUACAUUGAUAUACAAAAAUUCGGCAGGAAUUUGAGACUCAAAGAAUUCUACAAGACGGACAGCAGUGAGAUCACACCUUUCCGUACUCCUGGGGCAUUUGAUCCAAGAUCACAGAAUCCAUCAAUUACCGCAUACACAAACUAUCUGAGUCAAGUCUCCAAAAACAUCCCCAAAAGGAGAAGAAUGGAUAACUUAACCAAGGAUGAGAGACAGGCAUUGAAGUCACUAACUGAAGACACGACCAUUGUAAUACGCCCGGCAGAUAAGGGUGGGGCGGUGGUUGUGAUGGAUCUACAACAGUAUCGAUCAGAACUCCUGGGCCAAAUAACAGAUCAAAAGACCUACAGGAUUUUACAAACAGAUCCAACGAAUCAAUUGAAAAGAUACAUUGACGAGAAACUUGACAGGUGGUGUGAGAUGGGGAGCAUUACCAUACAAGAGCAAAAAUUCUUAAAAAGGGACUAUCCAAUAGCACCGACCAUCUACACAUUACCGAAGAUCCAUAAGGAUCCCAACAAUCCCCCGGGGAGACCUAUCGUCUCGGCGAGGGGAUCACUCCUACAACCACUUGCUGAAUUCCUGGAUUUUCAUUUACAACCAAUGGUCAAGAGAAUGAAAUCUUACACACAAGAUUCUAAUGCUUUCAUCCGAUCCAUCAUUCAACUAAAUGACAUACAGCCAACUGACCUUCUUGUGACGAUGGAUGUAUGCAGCCUGUAUACGGUAAUCCCCCACAAACUGGGGAUUGCAGCUGUAGUUAACCAUCUGCGAAAGAGUCCAUAUGUGGGGCCUCCUGAGGAGGUCAUGGUAGAUCUCCUAACAAUAUGCUUGGAAAAUAAUUUCUUUCGUUUUGAGAACAAUUUUUAUCUACAGAUGGAAGGGACCGCGAUGGGGUCAAAUAUGGCCCCCUCGUUGGCCAAUCUGUUCAUGGCGGACUAUGAAUCUAUCCAGAUGAAGGUGUAUGAAAUGGAUGCAAUUUCUUUUUAUUGUCGUUACAUAGAUGACGUGUUCCUGAUAUGGAGAAAUGGGGAACAAGAGCUGAAUAAUUGGAUCCAUACCCUCAAUGGGAUGGAUAGCACCAUCAAAUUCCAACAUACGUCGAAUAAUGCCACAGUCGAUUUUCUUGAUGUCAGAGUUUUCAAAACCUCCAAUGGACUUGGUACUACACUGUUUAGGAAGAAAACGGACCGCAACACACUGCUACACGCUAAAAGUUGCCACCAGCCAGCACUCAUACGUAAUAUUCCGAAAGCACAAUACCAAAGGGUAAUAAGAUAUAAUACCGAUGAUGACCUGAUGCAGACACAAAUGUCAGAAAUGACACAAAGAUUUCUCCAACGAGGUUAUAAUAAAAAGAACCUAGAGAAACAAUUGGAACUGGCUCUCUCAUCUCAAAAUAAGCAACAAAUUCAAAAUACUAUAAGCAAUCUCCAACUCACAUUUGUGACAACGUAUAAUCCAGACCAAUAUCAGAUUGCUCAAGCAGUUAAGGAGGAAUGGAAAAUUCUUCAGAGUGAUCCUACAUUGCCAUUUGCUGAAUGGUCGGCACCCAGAUUGGCAUAUCGUAGAGGCAAGAGCUUGAGGGAUAUGCUAAUGAAGACCGAUAUCUCUUCAAGAAAUGAGAAACAAACUUGGUUGAAGAAAAAAGUGGGAUGCUACAAAUACAUGGGUGCCAUCAUGUUGAAAUCUAUCUGUCACUACAUUCCACUGCUGACCUGUUUUGCGCAUGUGCAGCAACUCUCCUUCAGACACCUGCAGUGUAACAACCAUAAUCAGUCUCUUGGAGUAUCUGACUUUUUCACUUUUGAUGAACAAGAAGAUUACAGAGAAGUGAGAAAUCGUAUCUCAGAGGCCUACAUGACUGGGGAGGAACAAAUGGAAUUUGACGAUGUUGCAGUUUACUUCUCUAAAGAUGAGUGGUGCUGUUUACAUGAAGAGCAAAAGGAGCUUUAUAAGGAUGUGAUGUUGGAGAAUUACCAGACUCUCAGGUUUCUAGGACAUAUUCAAAUAAAGCCUUCAGUUGUCUCAAAGAUCGAGCAAGGGGAAGAUCCUUAUCUAUGCUGGGGUCGAAAGAUAAGUCACAAGGAAAUGUUCUUGAACACCAACAAAGAUGAAUUUGUGAGCUGGGAUACACCAGGAAAACAUAAGAAUGCUGUUACUGUUAACAAGAAAUGUAUGAAACAAAAUAAAACAUUGUCUGCUGAUAGUCUCUCUCAGCAUCAUAAGAGUCAAACAGGAGAAAAAUCGAUUUCAUGUUCUGAAUGUGGGAAAUGUUUUAUCCAGCAAUCAGACCUUCUUAGGCAUAAGCGGACUCACACAGGAGAGAAACCAUUUUCAUGUUUACAAUGUGAGAAGAGUUUUACCUGGAAACAAUCGUUUAUUAGACAUCAAAUAACUCAUACUGGUGAAAAGCCAUUUUCAUGUUCUGAAUGUGGAAAAUGUUUUAGCCUGCAACAAUCACUUAUUACACAUGAAAAAAUUCAUACAGGAGAGAAAAAAUUUUCAUGUUCAAAGUGUGGGGAAUGUUUUACCUGGAAGCACUCCCUUAUUACGCAUCAGAAAACGCAUACUGGUGUAAAGCCGUUUUCAUGUUCUGAAUGUGGGAAAUCUUUUAGCCAGCAACAUUCCCUUAUUACUCAUGAGAAAACUCAUAUAGAGGGAAAUCUGUUUUCAUGUUCUGAAUGUGGAAAAUGUUUUACUUGGAAACAAUCCUUUAUUAGACAUCAGAUAAGUCAUACUGUUGAAAAAACAUUUUCAUGUUCCGAAUGUGGGAAAUGUUUUAGUCAACAACAGUCGCUUAUUACACAUGAGAAAAUUCACACUGGAGAGAAACCAUUUUCAUGUUCUGAAUGUGGCAAAUGUUUUACCUGGAAACAAUCGCUUAUUACACAUCAGAAAAAUUAUCAUAGUGGUGAAAAAAUAUUUUUAUGUUCCGAAUGUGGGAAAUGUUUUAACCUGCAACAGUCACUCACCUCACAUGAGAGGACUCAUUCAGUAGAUAAACCUUUUAUAUGUUCCGAAUGUGGGAAACGGUUUACCCGGCAAACAAGCCUUAUUAAACAUUAUAGAAUCCAUACAGGAGAAAAACCAUUUUCAUGUUGUGAAUGUGGAAAAUUAUUUAGCCUGCAGCAAUCACUUAUCAAACAUCAUAAAACCCAUACAGGAGAAAGACCUUUUUCAUGUUCUAAAUGUGGCAAAUGCUUUAGCCUGCAACAGUCACUCAGUAAACAUCAGAAAAUUCAUACAGGAGAGAAACCAUAUUCAUGUUCUGAAUGUGGCAAAUGUUUUACCUGGCGAUCAAACCUCAUUACACACCAGAGAAUUCACAGUGAAGAGAAACCAUUUUUUUGUUUGGAAUGUGGAAAAUAUUUUAAUCGUCAGGCGAACCUUAUUAGGCAUCAGAAAACUCAUAAUCAAAGUAAAACAUUUAACUGUGUACAAUUGGAAAUUGUUGGAGAUAAAACGUCCUGAAUGUAGGAAGUUUUAUGUCCAGCAAUUGAUUAUUGUACAUAUUUAAAUGCAGAAGAAAAGUAAUGAUAUAAAUAAAUGUGGGAUUUUUUUUUCAUUGUAAAAUUUAUCGGAUUGCAUUUCAGAAGUAGAAUUCUUCAGAAACUUUAAAAAAAGUGCUACUGGUUUCAGUUGUGUAAAAUAUGUAUCUGCUGUAUAAAUUAACACAAUAAGAUAAAAUUUUA